CCGGGGGGAAGAGUUUGCACGGCAGAAACCGUGCGAGGGAUGAGGAAGGCGAGGGCGCAGCGGCCGCUUCUCAGGGAUCUGUGGAAUUUAAGGAAUCCUUCUCUAAGAUAACUUUGCUGCUGUUCCGGCCUUCCUUCUCAGUGUUGUGAUGGUUUCAAUUGAAGUACAUUUCUGAAGAAACUGACCGGAAUAGGAGUCGUCUUAUCUUUUAAAAUGUUCAAAAUUCAGCAACGCAUAACAUCUAACAGGACACCCAGGAAAAGGCCAUAUAGAUGUGACAUCUGCUAUAAACAAUUUGAAACGCCAUCAAAAUUAGCUAGGCAUUAUCUUAUACACACUGGUCAAAAGCCAUUUGAAUGUCAUGUAUGUCAUAAAACUUUUAGACAGUUAGUCCAUUUGGAGAGACAUCAGCUAACCCAUAAACUUCCUUUUAAAUGUAACAUUUGCCAUAGGAACUUCAAAAAUUUAAUUACUUUCUUAAAGCAUCAACAGCUUCAUAAUGAAAACUACCAGAGUGAUAUUAAGCAAGCUAAAAAAUCGGUGGAUGCCAAGCAAGAUAGGCUGUUGUAUGGAAUAUUUCAUUGUUCUGUUUGCCAGAAAUCUUUUACAACAGAAGAGCGGUGGAUGCUGCAUCAGUGCACAAAGUCAGAUCAUCUGCACAGUGCCAGGAGGAGAAAGAAAACUCAUGUGUGUGAAACAUGUAACAAGAUGUUUCCAUCACGAUCUAAGCUGGAAAGACACUUGCUGAUUCACACUGGCCAGAAACCUUUUAAAUGUUCCUUGUGUGGUAAAUCUUUCAGGCAGUUAACACAUUUGAAAAUCCAUCAGCUCACACACACAGAAGAGAGGCCUUUCCAGUGUUGUUUUUGUCAGAAGGGAUUUAAGAUGCAGAGCAAACUCCUGAAGCACAAGCAACUCCAUGUCAGAAAUAAGUCUCUUCCCAGAGUCCUUUACAGAGCAAAGACUUCUAAAUACCCUAGACCUCAGAACUCGCUGGAAGGAAAAAGGGAUAAUUUUGAGAAUGUUGAUUCUUAUGAGUCCCCGGAAAAUGAUCCACUUGAUGUUCACUCUAUUUAUAUUGUACCUUUUCAGUGCCCAGUGUGCGAGCAGUGUUUUGAAACAGAGCGGGUUCUAAAUUUGCACAAAUGUUUUUACCUGAGAGAUGGCAAAAAUUCAAACAGUGGCAAAUCAGCCUACAGCCACAAAGCCAGCAUUAAAAGUAAAGUCCUGAUGAAACUCAAACAUGCUGGAGAAAAGGCAUCAGAUUUGUCUCUGUCUGACAGACAAAAAAAUAAAACAAGUCACUUUAAAAGUUAUGACCUGUUUGCAUCUAAUGAGCAGCAUUCUGAUCGGAAUGCUUCCCCUAAAACUUUUAAGAAUUAUCAUAGCAAGCUUGUCAGGCACAAGAUAAUUAGCAAUAAAAAGAAAAGGACAUUUGUCAUGCCAUUUUCCUGGCAAGAGCACCUACAAAAGCACAAAUUAGAAAUUAAUUUAAAUGGUAUAAUUACUGGUGAAAGCAUGUUAAACAUGGAUGAUUCGGUACAUAAUAAAGAUGACUCUCUUUAUGGUUCAUUGGAUGCUGAUUUCUUUGAUAAUCCAGAAGCAGCACUUCACCGUGCUUUUUCAGCUCCUACUAAAAAUAUACAUAAUAGACACACAGUGUGUAAAUGUGACAGAUGUGAAAAAAUCUUCCCUUCUUCAUCCAAACUUCAAAGACAUUAUCUUAUUCACACGGGACAGAAGCCCUUUGGCUGUAAUGUUUGUGGGAAGACAUUUAGACAGUCAGCUCACUUAAAAAGACAUCAGCUCACCCAUACUGAAAAGAGACCAUAUAAAAGCCCUGUUUGCCAGGUGGAAUUUGAAAAUCUGAACAAACUUUUUAGUCAUCAGGGAGAUCACAUUGAAUUUAAGUCUUCUCAGCCUGUGGGUUAUUCCAAAAGGCCUUCACAGGCAUCUGGCUUUCCAGAAUUUGAGCUGAUCCAGUCAAACCAAGCAGCUGAAAUCAAAGUUGAGCUAGAGUCUGGGGACUUUGUUCUUGGCACCAGCAGUAGAAACCAGCAGUAUUUGUGUAGUAAGUCGUUGGAAACGGAGCAAAGCCAUUACAGUCACUGGUAUGAUUUUUCUGGAGGUAUGGAAAAAAGUGAAGCUAUUAAAAAGUUUUAUCAGUGCAGUGUCUGCUUUAAAACUUUCAAAUCGCCUUCCAAACUUGAAAGGCACUAUUUAAUGCAUGCUGGACAGAAGCCAUUUGAAUGUUCAGUUUGUGGUAAAACUUUCAGACAGGCCCCACAUUUGAAAAGGCAUCACCUUACUCACUUUAAAAAGAAAUCGUAAAGAUAAAAUGGCUGCCAGAGUUCCACUGAGUGGGAUAACAAACACUAGAAGGUAUUUUGUGUUCAACAAAAGUGGAUGGUGUCCAAUGAGAUUGUUUGUUUGUUUUUAAAGUCUAAAACUUCUGGAUUACAUAAUUAUGAACAGGCUUACAUUAGUUUGACUGGUUUAUGGAAAGUGACUACUUAUGUUAAAGAGAUGACCUGAAGAAAGGUUAAUGUACUAUUUUCAGACUGUCUACUUAUAUAUUUUGUGAUGAAUAAGGGUUGAUGUUUGAAAACUUCCAGCAAUGUUUUUUUUUUUAAAUUGUGAAUACAUGUAGUUAUUGCAUAAGUGUUUCAGCAAUCUGUAGUGCAAUAUAAAUCACAUGUUUAAAAGUUGUGCCUCUUCCCCAUCCAGAGGAGUUAAUUCAUGACAAUAUGCUUUCUGACUGCACCUGCCAAAAGCAAAUGUAAAAAGACCGUCCUUGACCCACUUCACUUUGUCUCCAUGUAUGUUGAAAGCAUAAGAUGCAUGCUGUGCCUGGUUGAUACCAUUUUUCUUAUGCUCCUGUUUGUUCUGCAGAUCAGGUAAUACAAGAGAAAAAGAAAGGAGUUGGAAAAGGAAGAAGUGGAGGAGAAAGCCCAGAGGGAAAAAUAACUUCCACAACAGUAACACAAGAUUAAUAGAGAUAAUACUUACCUGCUUUAAGAUCUAUGGAUGAAGAGUGCUAUGUAAGAGCUAGGUAUUGAACAUAUGCACAUUAAAAUAACA